AUGGCAAAGAAUCCCAACUGGAUCCAAGCUAACUUUCCACAUGUCAACGUUUCUCGACCCGCUACGCGCUUCUGGCAGGGCUUAUGUGAUAAAAAGCAUCGGGAUCCAGUCCGUACAAGGACCCUGGAGACUGAGCAGGUUGUCUGGGAACUUGGUCCGAUUUUUACUGAACGCGAAAUGUUGAAGGCCCUAAUCCUGGACUCCAAGGCUUACAAAGAUAAGAAUGCAGUGCGCAACGUGCUUUCGAUCUUGGGCCUUAAGGGUUACCCUAACACUGGAGCUCCAAUUCUAGCCUUUUCAACUACACUUGAGGACUACUCGUCUUCGAUGAGGCCGGGCAGAUGCGAUAGCGGCAUGUCUGUCGGCCCUAGGGACUAUGUCGAUGUUGAAAAAUGCGCGGAUGGGUUGUACAGUACAAUAAGGCGUUUAGAUGCGAACAGCUCUUCAAACUCCAACGCCGCAAGUUUACACGUGGAAUGCAAGGCUCUGGUGGCAGCAACAACUCCUCCUACAAGUUUGCAAAUAUCGACGGAUAUGGCUAUUGGUUUCGUUUUCCCGGCUUGGAGGCCUUCACUAUGCAAGCUUCAAAAUAUGAGUGCUUUGAAGAUAAACGUGGCCAGAUCAGCUGUGAUCAGGGUCUGUACAGAUGUUAAUUGCGUACGGACCGCAAGGCUCUGCCAGCCUGACCCCGAAAAGGAAGUUGACGGCGAUCUCCAUUAUUUUAUCACAUCCCGGUCCUUUGUUCUUGGACUACGAGGCAAUUUAAAGUUAUUGCAGGGCGAGAAGAAAGACGCAGAGGAACAACCCCCUUUUAGACAAGUGCAUCAUAGUUGCGGACACUGUUUGAUCAAAGUGAAAAAUCCCAGUCAAUAUAGCGGAAUCAUGUUGACGAAUACCGCUAUCAGGCUAUCGCUUUACGUGUCGUCAUAUUUUUUUGGUCAGUCGGAAGCCAAGUUCCGCGCUCUGCAGUUGGAGAUAUGA